AUGGCUGCCACUGUAGAUAGCAUACCAAAUGGAUUCUUACCUCCUGCUGGACUCUUUGACAAAUCGCGCCAGCAAGACAAUUCAAGUCCAAAACACAAGAUCAAUACCAAUCGCACCACACCUGACGAUCCAAAGAAUGCUUCAAAUGGCUUCUAUUUCAGAAGGAGACGAGAACGUCUUAACUGGCGCGCUCUCGCUGGUGUUCAACUAGACAACAUCAUUAGAGAGGUCGACUUGGACUCACUACAAGAAGUUACUGAAAAUAUUGCAUUUUGCGACAUUGAAGCUGAAGAUUUACGCUUUGUGGAUCCAAACUUUGUAAAGCUCUUCAAGCUGUCUCAGCUAAUGGUCGAGUAUCUGCUACAUACGCAGGACUAUCUGGUGGAGGAUCGCAGAUGUGUUGCUGAAGAGUUGGAACGCGCUUCUGCUAGUGCUGCUGACGCCAUAAAAGUGACUGAUAGUCAUCUGAAUGAGAUUGCGGUAUUGAGAAAAGACAAUAGAAUGCUCAGGAAGAGUCUUUUUGCAUAUCAGAUCAUGGCCAAGUUGCCAAAUGGUCCAGGUCAUCCAGGCAGUGGUCCAGUGCCUGCUUCGUACAAUAGAUGCCGUUACUGUCCCAAAGUAUUCAACUCUGAACACUUUCUCGACGCACAUUUACGUCGUCGUCAUCCGGAUAACGAGAAUUAUUUGGAUAAACCACCACCUCCUGCAAUAGUUGCAGCUCCCCCACCAACAGCACCAACUCCUCAACCUGUUAUUAUACAGCAAGCAGCACCUGUUGAACCUAGAUUGCCUCCUGGUGUGAUUGAUUUGCAAACUCUAGACAAGAUUACGGCAGUCAUUGAACGAUUUACUGGACGAGUCAUGGACACUGAACGAAAACUGCGUGAAGAAAUGGAGCAUAAAUUGGAGAAGGAGUUGAUUCAUCGACAGAUCAACAUGGAAGACCUAUACAAGCAAGAACGUCUGAAAUACGAACGUGAAUUACAAAACAUGAAGUCGCAAAUUCACCAAGAGAUUGAUCAAGAUCGAAACAUGUUGGCAGCUGAAAAGGCAGCAUUGACUGCUCUUAUUGAAAAAGCUUCCCAGCCUACAAAGCUGACUUCAUUUGUGGGGACUUUGGAAGAUGAUACUGAUACUCCGAAACAAUCUCCUUUGAGAAAGGAGAUGAGUUCAAGAACCUUGGUUUCGAAGAUAGAAGAUCAUCAAAGUUUGGUAUUAAAAGAGUUGGGAGAUAGGUUAGAAGCCGAAAUACGGAAUAUGAAGCAGACUAUUGAGCAGAAUGACAAACGAGACUUGGAAAAACGACUCACGGAAGCCUCUGAUGAAAUCAACCGUCUCAAAAACAAUUUAGCCAGCCCACCAAAAAGACGGGCAUCGGUAGUCGAUACAGCCAGUAGUGCUCACAACAUUGCCAAAAUGUCUCAAUCAACAAGUGUGCCGAAACUCACGACGGGUGUUAACGAAGCUGUAGGCACAGACGACGAGCUGAUGAGUGAUGCAUCACAAACCCCAGCUUCCCCUUCACGACGUCGCUCAGUAAUGUCUCUCCUCGAAGACCACGUCGAACAACCAAUGAAGAAUGAAGCUCCGUGGCUACAUACCCUAUACGCACACUCUGCCCAAGCAAUCGCACGAGAAAAAGUAAUCGUGAAUCAAGUUGUAGACGCUCAAUUAUCCAAAAUGGGAAUUACUUUACCGAAUCUCCUCGAACGAUGGGGUAGAGAUCCGAUUAUAGAAUCUGAGCUGAAUAUUAAAUGGCGCGAUCUGGAGAAGCAGCAUGCCAGGCAACAUGAAGAGGACGCUUAUGGAUAUGGAAUGAUUCGACCAUGGUUGGAAGAUCAUUUGGAAGCUGCUGUUACUGGGUGGUUUAGAGAACGUGUCAAGCCACCUAAAUUGGAUUUGGGGAGAAAGGAGUCUGCUAAAGCUAUCGAUGAUGUGCCAAAGGGUAAACCAACUGGACCUGUCAGCAAACCUCGUGCAUCAACAUCAUAUCGUGACGCAUCUAUCGAUCAACCACCAUCUGCCAUGUCGACACUAUCCGGAAAUCCAGCAACAGGCGGCACGGAAAGAUACUCCACAUCAACUCCACCAUCCCCGACGAAAUCCAUUCUUCGUAAUCCUUCAGGUCCAUCAUCACCGACACGACUGCACUUUGCUGGAGUACCCGUCGAUAAUGAUGUAAUACGUCUCAUGCAUGAGGAGCAAACUGAGCGUAAAAGAGCUAGGACUCUUUCAGGUGGUUGGAAGAUGAUGCCUAACUUCUUGAGAGGCCGUACACGUUCUGGAGCUAGUAGUUUUGGUGGAAGAUCAGAGGCAGCUAGUACGGAAUAUUCUGAGUCGGAAAGUGGAGUUGCUAGUACAGGCGAUCCAUCGUCACCUGUACACCCCAAAACGGAGGUGGUGGUAGUAAGCGGUACAGACUCGUCUGCACCGGCGUCACCAGUCAGAGCAUUCCGACCACUGUCGAGACAAAAUUCAGAGCAGUCGACAGCAUCAGGAAAACAACAACAAGAACCUAAAAAGGGAAACACCCUACUAUCAAGAACGGGCUCACUCUUCCGUAAGAGUAGUACUCGCAGCAAGAGUGACAAGUCAGCCGACCAACCAAUUCCUGCCAGUGAAGAGCCGUUGAAUCAACAUCAAGCACGACAACACUCCAAGCAAACCUUCCGUAAACGACCAAGUAAGGAAGACCUACAAGGUCAAGCGGUGGUUGCUGAACAAGUCAAGAAGGAUUCACAAGUCGAUGGUGAAUAUCGUGUUGCAGCUCGUACCAGUCAGCUACAAACACGAAGAGACCAAGAAGAAGAGAGUGUUGCAAGUCGAAAUGCAGCAGCCAAACACCUCGAGUACGAUGAUGAUGAAUUAUCGUCAGAGGGUAUACUCUCAGAAGCAGAAGACAAACCACAUAGUUUCCGGCCAUCAGUCAGCAGUGUUAAAUCCAGUCAUUCUGCUAAACAUGCCAGUAAUCAGCCUCAACAAGAACAGCAACAGUCACUGGGUAGAGCUCCAUCAGCCUCAAAACUAGUAAUUGCACUACCACCACCGACAAGAUCAGCACCAGUCCCCAAAUCACCGGUACGACCACAUGGACCAUCACGACAACGUCCACCGUCCAAUGUGCGCAAAUUAGCUGUAAUGUCACCGUCAUCGUCACCAGAGCCGGAUUCAUCUCUUAUUAUUAAUACGAUUGUUGGUGGUGACAGCAACAAGACAAACAAGGCACCUGAAUUGUAUCGAACCGAGUCCAAGGGAAAUGGACGAUCCACUCAUACCCUUCAACGGGCCACUAUGAUAACACCGACUACGCCGACUCUAUCAAGUCCACUGAAAAUGAUGGCGGUGUCUAAAGAGAUGCUCAAAGCUGUUGAAUUGAAACCUGUGGGAGGAACAGCAAGAUCCGACCAAAACAACAAGGACGAAGAAUCAUUCAAUGUGUCUAUGCCUUCCAUCAGUGGUGGUGAGGAAGAGGAGGAUGAAACCGAGUCGGAACGAACAGUGAAACCAGGACAUCUUCGUCCUUCGACAUCACGAGGGCGUAGAAGUGAUGAGUUUUUGGCUGCUCCGGAGAUUAUUAGAGUACCAUUGAAACCUCCUGCUCAACCAAAAACAACCAAGAUUCAAGUUUUACCAUCGUCAAGUGGAUUGAAAUCAAGUUCCAAGGAGAAACAACAUAACGUUGGAAUGUCUUCGUCUAAUGAUUCUUUGGAUGACUUGUUGGAUGAGCUUGGAGAGACGUCUGAUGAGGGUCAUGGUCCAACACACCGUGCUAACAAGCAAACCAAAGAACACGACACAGAGUUUUCAGAAGAUCUGAGCUUUGAAGAAUUGUAA